CAGAUAAAGACCUCCAGGAAUGUUAUGACAAUGGAUAUGUAAAUGUUAAAUUAAUUGAUCAUGAUACAAUAAAGAAUUUUACAAAUAAAUGCAAUAGGAAUCGUACAUGUAAUAAUCGAGCAACUGCAGCUAAAAAACCUCCAAUAAAUAAACCUACUACACAAAGAACAUGUAACAAAGGUGGAGAAUGUAAAAAUGAAACACCAUCAAGCGUAGAUGUUAAAUCAAAAGCAAAUUUGUCCUCCGGGACUGCUAAUCCCCAAAGUUCGGGAAGAAAGGUUUCCCAAGAACAAGGUCAAAAUCCAGCUGAUGAACAAAAAUCAAGGCAAGGAAGCGUAAUUCCACAGUCUCUAUCUGGCUCAACGCCUUCUGAUGGUUCUGAUAGAACAAAUGGUAAAACAUCUCAAGAAUUUGAUGAUCAUCAUUCAACAACCUCUGCAUUGGCAGAAACCAAGGCAAAGCCGUUAAAUGCUCCAUCCCCUUCCGGAAUUAGAGGACUGGAUAAUUCUCCAUGCGAUCCUUCUUCAGAAUGUGUGCCUGGAAAAUAUUCUUAUUUAACUUGUACUUCAAGGGAACAAAUUUUAGAUACAAGAGGUAUUCAAACUAAUCCCAGUUGUGGUAAAACCUUAGACAUUAAUAAUCCUGAAACUGAGGAUUCUGCUGGUAAAGUCAUUGCGGGGCAAACUAGUAGUGUACAGUAUGUUUCUCAAGGAAUAUCUGAUGGUUUACAUCCUACUAAUAGGAAUUAUGGCUCUGUACAACGUGCUGAUGAUAAUUCCCAUCCUAAAGCUACUGAUGAAGGAAGAACUGGUACAGUGGUUUCAGAUCGUGAAAAUACUGGUAGUGAACUUAGUAGUGCAUCUCUUGUCAGUGUUCCUUCUAGUGAUGAAGGUACUAAUGGUAUAACUGGUGUUGAUAUAUCUACUGAAUAUAGAGCUCCUGAUGGCGCAAGUAAUAGUGUUAAAGAUUCUCAUGACCAUCCACAUGGUAAAGAAGUUUCAUUUAUUGGAACUACCUAUAGCACAACACCAAAUACAGAAAUAACUGCUAAUAAUAAUGAUAUAUUAAGUAAAGUCAUCAAUGCAAUACAAGAUAACCCACAAAUCAUAAAAACUUCAGCACCCAUAGGAAUUGCUCUGUUAUUGGGCCUUCUUUUUAAAUACACUCCUUUGUGGAGAGUUCUUACUAAAAAGAAUAGGAAGAACGGAGCAGGUAUCAUUGAAGAAUUGAAUAGUGUAGUACAAGAACCUUCAAUUAUGGAUGACGAAAGAAGUAUCCCAUUUUCAUAUGGUGCUUUUGAAUAUUCAUCAUUUGAUCAAAAUGUAUAUUAA